GAAAGCGCAAGAAGCUUGGGCCCCCGACAGCAUGUGUCUUCUCUUACUUCAGCUGCUGGUGCUCCUGCCUCUAGGGAGGGCUGCACAGCGAGAUGGCCGCCCAAGUCCUAGUUCUGGCUCCCCUGUGCUCUCAGAACGGGAUCACAGAGAGCUCCCCCUUGACAACCACGAGGAUGCCGAGGAGAAGCCAGACCUUUUUGUCGCGGUGCCCCACCUCGUAGGGGUAGGAGAAGGCCAGAGGCAGAGAGGGAAGAUGCUAUCCAAGUUCGGCAGGUUCUGGAAGAAGCCCGAGAGAGACCUGCAUCCACCCCAGGACUUGGUCCCUGAGCGCAUCCCACCUGGGACCCACAGCGUCACCCAGCCCAGAGAUGGGACGCAGAUGGAGAGAUCUCCUCUUCGGGAAGAGGCCAGGAAAUUCUGGCACCACUUCAUGUUCAGAAUGAGCCCAGCCUCUCAGGGGAUCAUCCUGCCCAUCAAAAGCCAUGAAGUACAUCAGGAGACCUGUAGGACAGUGCCCUUCGGCCAGACAAUCACCCAUGAAGACUGUGAGAAAGUUGUUGUACAGAACAACCUUUGCUUUGGAAAAUGUGGGUCCAUUCAUUUACCUGGAGCUCCACAACACUCCCACAUGUUCUGCUCCCACUGCUCGCCUGCCAAGUUCACCACAAUGCACUUGCAGCUGAACUGCACCAGCCUUGUCCCUGUGGUCAAGGUGGUGAUGCUGGUGGAGGAGUGCCAGUGCAAGAUGAAGACUGAACAUGAGCAUGGACACCUCCUCCAGGCAGGCUCCCGGGCAGAAUUUCAUGCCCAGGAUCCCUUCAUCCCAGGAUUUUCUACUUAA